AUGAGGACACUGUUGCUGCUGCUGCCCCUGCUGCCGCUCCUCCUCCGCUGCUCCGCUGAGGAGGUGCAGCAGCCCGCUGUCAGGGAGUACUUCAUAGCCGCGGUGGAGAUCGGCUGGGACUACAUCCACCUGGACGAUCGGGACAGCGCGUCCGCGCAAAGAGGACGCUCCAAAGCCAUUCCUCAGAAAUACAUCAAGGCUGUCUACAGGGAGUACACGGAUGCUGCGUUCACUGUCCCCAGACCAAGACCAGCCUGGACAGGUAUUCAGGGCCCGGUGAUUGUGGCCCAGGCUGGAGAUAGAGUGGUGGUCCACUUCAAAAACCUGGCGUCUCAGCCCUACAGCAUCAGCCCUGUGGGGAUCACCUACUCGAAGCAGUCUGAAGGAGCUGGCUACGAUGACUCCACGGCAGGUCAGGAGAAGGAGGAUGACGCCGUCCCGCCCGGCGGCUACUACGAGUACGUCUGGGACAUCAGCCCCAAGGACGGCCCAACCGCCAGCGACCCUGACUGCCUCACAUACUCGUACUCCUCCCAGGUGGACGCGGUCCGGGACAUGAACUCCGGACUCCUCGGCGCCCUGCUCAUCUGCAAACCAAGUGCCUUCACGGAGGACGGCCAGAGGCAGUUCCAGGCCUUCGUCCUGCUGUUCGCCGUGUUUGACGAGAGCAAAAGCUGGUACGGCGAGGUGGGGGAGAGGGCGAGCAGGGAGAGGUUCAGGAGAAGCGACGGCAGGAAGGAAUACCACACCAUCAACGGAUACGUCAACUCCACUUUACCUGGUUUAACCAUGUGCCAGGGCCAUAACCCGGUGUCUUGGCACAUGAUCGGGUUAGGCACUACGCCAGAGAUCCACUCCAUUCGCUUCCAGGAUCACACGCUGCAGGUACUGACCCAUCGUAAGGUCACAGUGGAAGUGACUCCGAUGACAUUCAUCACGGCAGAAAUGAGACCUUCAACUAUUGGCCAAUUCCUCAUCAGCUGUCAGAUCCAUGCUCAUCGCUAUGACGGCAUGAAUGCGUUGUUCAGGGUGGAGAAAUGCCCCGAUCCCGUCACCAAGGAACUGCGAAACGUCAAACACGGCGGCCAAGACGGCGAGGAGGGCAGCGAGGAAGACUUCGAUCACACGUCGUACAACACCAUUCAAAUUCUGCCCAAGCAGCAACAGCUGCAAGCCAGAUCCAGCGGAGGACAGCGUUCCAACACCAGGCUCCAUUUUAUUGCUGCUGAGGAAGUCUCCUGGAACUACGCCCCCCACCUGAAACCCACAGACAGUGAACUACAGUCCAGGUAUCUGCCUGCAUCUCCUCACCACCUCGGCUACACGUAUAAAAAGGUUGUGUACGUGGAAUACACGGACGGAUCCUUCACGAAGAGGAAAAACCCCACACAGACCUUGCUGGGUCCUAUUCUGAAGGGAAUGGUCAACCAAGAGAUCCACGUUUUUUUUCGAAACUUAGCCAGUCGUCCUUUCAAUAUCUACCCCAACGGCCUUACCAAGAUCCGUCUGCUGCAUAGCCCCAUGAAUGCUGCUGUGAAUGACCUGCGCUCGCUGGGAGUGCCCCCCAACAAGACGUUAGUCUACACUUGGACGCUAACCCCGGACGACGGGCCCUUGGAGGGGGACCCCAAGUGUCUGACCCAGCUGUAUCAGAGCACCAUCUCCCCAGAGCAGGACCUGGCCUCUGGCUUGGUGGGGACCCUGCUCAUCUGCAAGUACAAAGCUAUUGACACCCGAGGAAAUCUGCGGGGCCCCGACGAGAAUCUGAGUCUGAUCUUUGCGGUGUUUGACGAGAACAGGAGUUGGUACUUUAGGGAAAACAUGCAGAGGUCACUUCAGAGCUCCUACAACGACACGGACCCUGAGUUCUACGAGUCCAACGUCAUCUAUAGCAUAAACGGCGUCAUGUUCAGCAGGCGUCAGUUCGCGGUGUGUCCGACGGACGUCCCCUUCUGGCACGUGGCCCACGUGGGAACCAGGAGCGAGUUCCUCUCCGUCUAUUUCACCGGGAACCUGUUUCAGUACCAAGGCCUCUACCAGUCUGUUCUCACCCUCUUCCCCAUGACGGCCUUAAUCGUACCCAUGGAGACCGAGGUGACCGGUGAGUGGGAGAUCAGUGCCUUUGACAGCAAGCUCAAGAGCCGGGGAAUGAGCAUCCGUUACACCGUCCGUGCCUGCAACGACAAUCCGCUGGUCGACUCUGACAAGGAUGAGGACAUCUCUCCUUAUUUUGACAACAUUGACCAGCCGAGGGGCUUGAGACAUCAGAACGGCACCGUGUUGGUGCGGGUGUGCAGCAACGCCGUCGGCCAAAACGUGACUUCGGCCAAAGACGCGGGUGCCCUGUGUCAGCUGAGGCGAGUGCCGGCGGCGUCAGUGAAACGGGAACAAGUUCCCAUAGACGCAGGGAUCCCGUUGGACGUCCUGGAGAAGGUAGCGAGAGAUGGGAGCUGGAGAGCUGCUGAAAACCAGACGGAGGCAGGAGAAAAGCGAGGCGGGAGGCGGAAACGAGAGGCGGGUGGGAACUGGACGGAGAGCAACGACGUCUCACUAAGUGCCGAAGCACCGGCGAGACAAACGGCCUCGUCUGAAGACCUGACCUCCCCGGAGGAGGACAUGGGAGGAAACUACGUCUAUGAGGGUCUUUCAGAUGAUCUGUUGGACGUUGACUACAACCUCACCGAUGACAACACAACAGAGGUCAAUCUGUCCCUCGAGUAUGACGACUACAACAGCGAGGGGAACGGAUCAUCGGAAACAUUCGUUUCAGUUAACCCACGCUCUGGAGAAACCAGACCGCGUCACUACUACAUCGCUGCAGAGGAAAUCACCUGGGAUUAUGGCAUCAAAAGGCCAUAUCAGCUCAUUAAACCCAGAGAGAUGCGUCGGGGGAUGAGGAAGUUCCUGCCCGAAUAUAAGAAGGUGGUGUAUCGCGCUUACAUGGAUAAGGAUUUCCAGCAGCCCCUCCAAAGAGGAGAGCUUGAGGAACACCUGGGAAUCUUGGGACCUGUUAUCAGAACUGAAGUUAAUGAUCUCCUCACGGUGAUCUUUAAGAACAAGGCAAAGAGACCCUACUCCUUUCAUCUUCACGGUGUGUAUGACCGAAACCAGCAUGUUGGCGCCGCACAGGGCAGCUCGCCCUCUGGUGUUCCCGGAGAACCAGUUCCUCCAGGAGAGUCCCGCAGUUACAGCUGGAAAAUAAUCAAGAAACAAGGACCCUCUGAUCCUGAGUUCAACUGCAAGACUGGAGCUUACUACUCCACCGUGGACAAGGAGAGGGACCUUCACUCCGGUCUGAUUGGUCCACUCGUGGUCUGUAAGUCUGGCACCCUGCAGAAUCAGCCCAACUCGCCGCUAGACAUGCAGGACUUCUCCCUGCUCUUCCACACCUUUGACGAAACUAAAAGCUGGUACCACGAGGAGAACCUGCAGAAGUACUGCACUCCUCCCUGUCAGGCCAACACAGAGGAUCCCUGGUACCACAUCAGCAACAAGUUUGCAGCAAUAAACGGUUAUGUGGCCGAGACCCUUCCCGGUUUGAUCGUGGCCCAGCAUCAGCCAGUGAGGUGGCACCUUCUCAACGUUGGAGGCGACACAGAGUACCACGCCGUGCACUUCCACGGUUUGCCUUUCACUGUCCAGGCUAAACAAGAACACCGUAUGGGCGUCUUCAACCUUUUUCCUGGUGUUUAUGGGACGGUGGAGAUGAAACCCCCCACGGUCGGGACAUGGCUGGUGGAGUGCACCAUAGGAGACUACCAGCUGGCUGGCAUGAGGGCCAAACUCUUGGUCUAUGAUCCACGAUGUGUUUUACCUCUGGGGAUGAAAUCGGGGCGUAUCGAAGACUCCCAGAUUACCGCAUCUGAUCACAGUGGUUACUGGGAGCCGAGGCUGGCGAGGCUCGAUAUGGUUGGUUAUUACAACGCCUGGAUGGGAAAGGGCACCAAACCAUGGCUGCAGGUUGAUCUUCUGAGGCCCACCCUGCUGCAUGGUAUACAGACGCAGGGGGUGAGCUCAAAGCUGAGGGACUACUACACCGCCAUCUUUCAAGUCUCUUACAGCCUUGACCAGACGACUUGGACCACCUACAGAGGGAACGGCUCCAGCCCCCAUAGGUUUCGUGGCAACCUGGACAGCUCCAAGGUAAAGGACAACAGCUUCUCCCCACCCAUCGUGGCUCGCUACGUGAGGAUUCACCCACACAGGAACAAGCAGAAACCCGCUCUGCGGCUGGAGCUGCUGGGAUGUGACCUCAACAGCUGCUCUCUGCCCCUGGGACUUGAGAGGGGGCUGAUUCCCGACAGCAGCUUCAGCGCCUCGUCCUCUCAUUGGUCCCUCCUGCGCAGCUGGAGCCCCAGCCUCGCACGCCUGCACCAGAGCGGCGGAGCCAACGCCUGGAGGCCAAAGAACAACAACCCGCACGAGUGGCUGCAGGUGGAUUUGGGGAAGGUCAAACGGAUCACGGGAAUCGUCACCCAGGGCGCUCGCUCUAUGCUGACCCAGAUGAUGGUGACGGAGUUCUCGGUCACGUUCAGUCAGGACGGCCAUUCCUGGAGCAGCGUGCUGGAGGAGAGCUCUCAGAGAGAAACGAUCUUCACAGGCAACAGCGAUCCAGACGAGGAAGCGUUCGCAGUUUUCCAGCCUCCCCUGUUCGCCCGCUACCUCCGCGUCCAUCCACGGGGCUGGGUCAACGACAUCGCCCUCCGCCUGGAGGUGCUGGGCUGCGACACGCAGCAGGGGGUCGGACCCCCCCGCACGAGCAAACCGGCCACCGCUUCUCACUAGCAUAUUUAACUAGACCCGUGGUUUUUUUUUUGUUGUUUUUUGUUUUUCUGUAUGGUAUGCUGGAGAAUGAGAUAUGUAGCGCCCAGUUAAGUUACGCCUGAAGCUGUUUUCUCUGUAGCCGGAACGUUGUUUACAUUUUAACCUGUUUGAUUUUUUGCCACUGUGAUGUUUGAGGAAGGACACAGCUAAGUUAAGUUUAUAUAGAAAUAAGUUUAUUUUGGGAAGCUCGACUUUCUUUUAUUAUUAUUAUUAUUUUUUUUUAUUUUUUAUUUUUUGGGCACAACAUGGCUGUGCUAACCACCGUUUGAAUGUAAGCAGGUGUACAUAUUUCAGACUUAGAUUGCUGUUAACUGUUUGACUAGUUGUAUAUCAAUGGAAAAGCUGUAUUUUGAUGCUUUAUUUGACAUAAUAAACUAUGAAUUUGA